AUGUUGAAGACGGUAAUUUUAGUCCUCGGUCUGGCAUCGAGUCUCAUCGGUGCCGCACCGAGCUACGUUGCAACCACCGACAAUAUCUCAGACGCCAACAAGGCCGCCGGCUCCGUCUCCGACAAUGCGUGCCGAGUCGAAGAGCUUCCGUACACGGCGCCGACAUUCCGACACCCGGCACGCGACGUCUGCGUCGACAUCGAGGCUCUGCGCAAGGUCAAGAUCUACUCGGCCGCGACCUGCCAAAACGGAACCGAGGCGCUCUUUGCCCGCUACAGGGCACCGGGCUGCGUCGGGGAGCCGGCGGAGCUGCAGGCCAUCGGCGAGGAGCUGCUCGGCGCUUGUCUGAGCAUGCCCUCGCGCGGCGCCGGCAGCUACGGGUUCUGGUGCGACGGGGUCGAGGAGCGGGCGCCUCUGGACCCGGCUCCUGCGUCGCCUCCUCAAUACAGCAGCGGCGGAGGUUUUUGGGGUCUGAUUGGGAUCCUGCUGUUGAUCUUUGUGACGAUGCUGCUCAUUGCUGUGCUGAAGCUGGUAUCAUUCAUUUCAAGGGCUACUCACGCCGGAAACAAGUUCUUGGGCAUCUUUGGCCAGAGAGAGGGAGGGAUUGCAUUGAGAUAG